AGUGACAAGACUGUCAAAUAUUAUGCUUCUCCAAACAUGUAGGAUCCACCAUUUUAGAGCUAUACAACCCCAUAGGCUCCAAUAAAGAGCCAAGUUAUAUAACGCUGCUUGUGUACUAAGCGAAAAACUAAAGCUUCUCUCAAACACUGAAUCAGAAUUUUGAUCUAUAGCUUUCACAACCAUUUUCCUUAGCUACGCUAUACAAGUCUAUGGUCUCCUUUCUAUUAUAGGUUGUGAGCUUUCUAAUCUUUGCUGUCUUUCAUCUCCUGUUUGUUGGUAAACUUCUUAUUUGUGAGUUUUGUUCUGUCCCUUCCUGUCUCAGACCUUGUCAUAAAACUUUUCCACACCUGAAAAGAUUUUAACAGAUACAGCUCCUCCCAGCAAUUGUUGCUUCUGGAUCAAACUUUCUUUUUAAAUUUUUCAUCAAACAAAAGAUACCUGAACCAUUUUGUCUCCAUGGAAACCGAUGAUAAUGCAACCAGUCGGGUAGCAUCAUUUUCGUGUUACCUCAGCAACCCUGAAGAUCAGAGCUUUAUACACAAACUAGGAGGUACUUAUGAUGAGCUUUAUCCUACUAAGGCACCUACUAUUAAGGCAUCCUCAAAUAACACUCAAGACAACCUUGCCAAUCUUUGUGUUGAGUCUCUCUCUACAUAUCUCAAAGCUGAAGGAGACAACUUCGCGUUUAAGACCUCAGGUGCGGCCCCAGUUCAAGAUCCUACUAUUGCAUUUGUUUUUCCACAACAGGCUUUGGCUGGUUCUCAGAAACACCACGAAAGAACCAAGUCGAAAGAUGGGGAACUUAGCAUAUUUGGAGCUGACAAGUAUUUCAACAUGAAACUGGAAUAUGGAGCCGGUAUCCCUACAACUGGAGUGAAGUACGGGGGGCAGACAAACAAAGGGACGGUGAAUCUGCCCCACGUGAAACCCAGUUCUCGGACUGGAACUCCAAGCAUUUGUUCAGAAGCAAGCAGUUUUAAUAGCCAAAGUGCACUGUUACAAAAUCUUCCGAGAAAUAGAAAGCAGAACAAGAUGACAGGAAGGAGAUUUUUUGCCAGCUUUGGUUGUCAAGGACCGUGUUCGGGCAAAAAAGCAGUCUAUGUGGAUAAAACCUUGGAACGUGGACUUUCCCAGCCAGGAUCAAAGCAUUCAGCAGGUAAUUUUGCAUUAAGUUCUGGCACGCCUUCUGUGAACGAGAAGUUGAGAGUAGUAAAAAAACACUCGGAUGAUCAAGAUCCAAUCAUCGGAGAGCCAAGAAAAUCGAUAGAAGUGUUUGGCUCUAGCAAAAUGAGAAAAGGAGACAUAGCAGUGAAUUUAGAAAGGAAACUCUCCAUGUUAACUUGGGACGCCAUUCCUAAAGCAGCACAAAACAUCACUACUACAACCAUAGGAAGCAGCAUAGUUUGCGAUGACAUGGCUAGUGAUGCUAGCUCUGAUUUAUUCGAAAUUGAGAAUAUAUCCACUUGUGGAUAUGGACACAACAUGAACUCAAAAACUAGUGAUUACGUCCCUGGCUGCAUGUCUCCAACAACAACUCAGUAUGCACCAAGUGAAGCCAGUAUUGAGUGGAGUGUCAUCACAGCUAGUGCUGCUGAUUACUCAUCAGUUAUCUCGGAUUAUGAUGCAAAGAGAAUUAGCAAUAAUGGUCAUGCUAAAAACACCAAAACCAAGAAUGCAGUGGGCAAAGAAGAUCAAAAAACCCCGCGUCCAGGCGGGCUUUUAGGUUGCAAGAGCCACAAAGCAGUAAGUGUGGUCGAAACUGUAUACAAGACCAGUGAGAAGACAAAGCAUCACCAGCGCGGUUAAUUGUUUACCACUAGAUAAUUAUUCCCUAAUUAGUACUCAUUAUAGUUCGUUUGCCAAUGUAUUUUCAUGUUGAAUAAGAGUAUUGAAAUAAAUGGUUCAGUUGAUAUUUUAGGAGUUUGUACUUUGUAAUAUCUUAGUAAUGAAUUGGUAUUUUCUUAUUUCAA